AUGCCGAAGGUUGUAUCAAGAAGCAUCGUGUGUUCAGAUACGAAAGACCAGGAAGAAUACAACGAGACAAAGCCAUUACACAUUUACUACUGUUUAUGUGGACAGAUGUCCUUGAUCCUGGACUGUACCAUCGACCGUCUACCUCUCCGGCCCACCGAUGGUGCACGCGUGAUUGAUGGAUCAAAACACGCUCACAAAAUCACCGCAGAUCCUGACGAGACAGUGUUCCUGAAGCGGGAAAAAGGUAUAGAACGACAAUACAGAAUGAAAUGUAAGAAAUGUUCAAUACCAAUAUACUAUAAGAGCGAGCAGGACAGCAAUAUAGUGUUCAUUAUGGAUGGAGCAUUGGUACAGACUGCGGGUGAAGGUGGGGUCACAGAUAUAUAUAAACAGGUCGCUUUGACGCAGCCUAAGAAGAUAAUGGUUACGAAACAUACGAAGAACAUGGGCAAGUUUAGUUCUGUGACUGUUUCUACGAUAGAUGAGGAAGAAGAUGAGAUAGAAGCACGAGAAGUAGCAGACAGUUACGCUAACAAUGCUAGAAUAAUUGAAAAGCAGUUGGAAAGGAAAGGAAUGAAUAAGAGACAAGCCGAGACUCCUGCACAGACUUCAGAGAAACGAGUUAGAGGGACUUUGAUUGAAAAAUAA